CAUUGGUGGAAAUCCUAAGGUUAGGUAGCGCAGGUCCGCCUCCUGCAAACUGUCCGCCGCUGUAGCUGCCGGAGCAAACGUUAGUCCGGAUGAACACAUUGAAUGAAAGUCGGUGUAGCAGCAGGCUGCGUCCACCAGCGACUGACAAUAUCUGCGCUCAGUAAAGUUAUCGUACAGCUUGCAGCCGCCUGGUGAGACCGCACCUGCAGAGGGAAGCUCACACAUUGGCAAAAGACGGGUUGGAGAUAUUUGUGGAAGGAGGAAGGACCAGGCUGUGCGUGGCAAUGCAGCGGGUCACGGCGCAGCUCGUCGUCGGGCUGGUCGCAGCGGUGCUGUCGCUGCUGGCGGAGCAGUGCUGGGCGGACGGCGGGGGCCAGAGCCUCGCCGAACGGGUUAUCUGGGCUGUAAAUGCCGGAGGUGAAGCACACGUGGACGUGCACGGCAUCCACUUCAAAAAGGACCCAUUGGAAGGGAAGGUGGGGAAAGCAUCUGAUUAUGGGUUGCGUCUGCCAAUACUGCGCUCCAGUCCAGAGGACCAGAUUCUGUAUCAGACAGAGCGCUACAAUGAGGACACUUUUGGAUAUGAUAUUCCCAUUCGUGAGGAAGGAGACUAUAUACUAGUUAUGAAGUAUGCAGAAGUUUACUUUGCCCAGUCACAGCAAAAGGUGUUUGACGUCCGUCUGAACGGCCAUGUGGUGGUGAAGGACCUGGAUAUCUUUGAACGAGUGGGUCACAGUACCGCUCACGACGAAAUAGUGCCCUUCUCUAUUAAACGUGGCAAGCUGAGCGUGCAAGGAGAGGUGUCCACUUUCAACGGCAAGCUCACUGCGGAGUUCGUAAAGGGUUAUUAUGACAACCCCAAGGUCUGCGCUCUCUACGUAAUGAAGGGGACAUUAGAAGAUGUGCCAAAACUUCAGCCUCACCCUGGCUUGGAGAAGCACGAGGAAGAGGAGGAAGAAGAAGAGGAAAGUGAGGGAGGCGAGGAAGGUGGGAAGAAAAAGGUCCCAGUAGGUUCCAAGUACAGGGUCCAAUCAGGCCCCCGAACACCAAACCCAUACGCAGCCGACAACAGCAGCCUAAUGUUUCCCAUCCUUGUGGCAUUUGGGGUGUUCAUCCCCACACUGUUCUGCCUCUGUCGGCUGUGAGCCGCAACUAGCGAUCGAGGAGACGUCAAACAGACAGACUAUGGAGAGAAGGAGAGAGGGGGGAGGGGGGCUCAAGGUGACAACAGCAUCAACAGGUAAAAGCAUACACAAUGGAGAGAGCCUGAAGGCUCGGAGGAAAUCGUGACGACGGAGGACAAAAAGAGACAGUAACUUUUCGGAAAGGCACAACGAGAUGAAGCAAGCUCGACGAGAAAAGGAGACGUAGGAAGUGAAUGCUGCGCGCUUCUUUUGUGAAUGUGUUUCGCAUCCACCUCUGCUAACUCUUUUGAACAAUGUUAGUCAUUUCCGCUCAGAGACUGGGCAGGAUUUUCAGAUGCCAGUCUUCACGGUUUGAAACCACAUUUCAGCAGCUAAGUGGGCAGCUCAGGAGUGAUUGGCCUGGGCCUGUUUUAUUAACUAAAAAAAAAAAAAAAAAGCAUUGUUUUGUACUGGGGGUAGCCAAGAAGCACACCCUGUUGAACACUCCUGCCCAGCAUCUGGUCAGACAUGUUACCUUCAAAUUGGAAAUGGUGCUUAGAAAUUGGUUAGAAUAGAAACCACGAGUCUAUAAGUGGAAAUACAGUUCCCCUUUGAGAGGAUCCCAUUUUUCACAUCUUGUCGCAUUUUUGUGUCUUUCCACUCAGACGUAGUAAGUUCUUUGUUGACGUGCCAUCAUCUACAUGCCAUAGGUUGUUGCAAGGAGAAAAUAAUUGGUGUUGAGCCGGCAGGAUUAUUUGCUGUCUGCUGUCUAAGUCCGUUUGCCUUUUACAUGAAUACAGGAUGGGUUUCAGAAAUCUGCUGGUGAGGUGUGGUGAUGAAAUACUUAUCCAAGGCCACAAAACGGUGUCCUCGGUAGUCAUCGCAAAUUCAAAGUCCUUUUGGGUUUUGUUUUGUUUCCAAGGAUGAAUCGUUUCACUUUUUUUUUUUUUUUUUUUUUUUUUUUUUUUUUACACAAAUUACAAGGUUGAGAAUGUCGAACCUUCCUCAGUUUCUUUCAGUAAGAGACUCCUAAAUUGCAUUUAGUGGGAGGCAAAGUUUAUGCUGUGAAAUGUUUAAGCUGUGUCUUAAGUGAGUCAUUUUCCAUUUGUUUUCUGUGACCUUUUGCCUUUUUCUAUUCAUUCAUUAAUUAUGCAUGCCUGCCUUUUUUGUUUCACCAAAGAAUGUCUUUAUUUUAUGUCAUUAGAGAAGGAAAAACUUGGUGGUCUGUUGUGGGGUUUUUUUUGGGGGGGGGGGGGGUUUGACAAAUGGCUUGCAAAGUCCAGUUCUGAGAUGCCUCUGUGGCAAGUGGAUGAAAUUUGGUAUGUUUGGACAUACAGUACCCUCACUCAUCGCAACUGAAUUGAGGAUUAAUUUAGAGAAAUAUAGUGUGUUCCCCUUUUUUACGUGGCUAACAUGGCCAGCUAACUGGACAGUUGUAAUAGUUUAAAUUUUUUAUUGUUUUGUGUUUUCAGUUUAAAGCAGAAUGCUGUGUUGACCCUGAUGGGCCAUGAACUUCAAUCCCCCGUGUUAUUUGAAACAGGCCGCUGCAGCUCAAUGUUAAUACAAUAAAUCACGAGGAUCUGUGCCAGUCGGUGCGCGUGUUUCAUACAUCCUCCAAGUGGCUGUGCGUGCACCACUAGUUCAUCCACCUGCAGUGAGAGACGAGAAAGCACGACAUCGGCGUAAGUAGAAAAUGUUACAGACGUUGUAAAUUUAUUGCAUUUUCCGCAUUCUUCACUCAGCCUUUUCAGAUCUGUUGUCUUAAAGCCUUUUAAUGUGGACUGCACCAUUCUGUUAAUUCGGUGUGAACUUUCAGUGCAAUUAAGCCACGUGUUCUGAUCCUUUUGAUUGAUUGAGCAAACGGGACAAAUUUUAAUCUUUGAGCCUAUUUUUUUAAUUUUCUACAUGGCCACAUUAUCAUUGUCCACUGUGACUGUGUUUUAGUGUCUGCUUUUCACAAUGUUAUCGGGUUUUUUUUUGUUUUUGUUUUUUUUUUGCUUUCCAUACAGACUGAAAAGCAGCUUUGUUCUUCAUUUUUUGUGGAGUUGUGUUGUGGACUGUCCUAUUUAUGUAUCUAGUUACCUCCCCUAAGUGCUUAGCUCUACUCCAAGGACGAUUUUGUAACUUUGCCUGUUUCAAUGUCCUCUGACCCUCCCUGCUAGUAUUGCUGUUGCCAUAUGCAGUACUUGGAAAAGAAAAACGGUUAACAAUUCAGGUGUUGUGGAUCUUUCCUCUCCUUGAUUCUCCUUCCCAUUCUGAUUGCUGGUGGGCAAGAAGUUAGUGCCAGAAAAUAUUCAGUUGUUUGCGAGUUUUGUUUUGUUCUUUUUUAACUCAACUCAUUUAAGUUACCUAUUUUUUUUUUCUGUCUCUCUCUCUGAAAAAGAUGCAAAAAGUUCAUUUAAUUCAGCACCAAAGUCACCGUGUUGUGUUCCUCUGAAAGUCUACACAGUUGCGUGUGUAUAUAAGGUACAAGAUCACUUUUUUUUUUUUUUUUUUUUUAAUGACGACAGAUUUCUUCUCAUUACGUUUGUGUUGUAGCUGGGGUGUUAGGGGGGUGUUGUGGUGGUCCUCCUGAGGAAGACUUUGUUGCCUUUCUUCUGAGGAGGAUAAGGAACGGUUGUUGGUAGAGAAAAUUUAGACAAAGACAAAAUGUAACAGGCAGCCAGAUGAACAGGCUGUCAGAAAGUCAAAUAAAUGAGAUUAUUUCUGAAAAUGUGGGAUUCCAUUUCUAUUAUACAUUUAUAUAUAAUUUAAAUCAGAGUGGGGCUGAUCUGGAGAUGUUUUAUAAUACGCUUGGAUUUAUGUUUCAAUUUUUUCCUCAGGAUCUGUUUUUUGUUUUGAGUUUUUAAAGCGUGAUAUUUUAUUGGUGACAUUUUGCACUGCCUCAUGUAUUUUAAAAUCAUGUCAUUUUUUUUGUGUUUGUCUUUGUUGCCUUGAAUUAUUGAAUACAUUGUGCUUUGCCAUCAUA